AUGCUGUGGCAGACGCAUAAGAAGGGCUUUCCAGCUUCGCUUCAUCCCAGCACCAACAGAGGCAGAAAGGCAAUCAGGCAUUAUGGUACGUCCGCCACUCAGUCCGCCACAACCACAACCACUGACACCUCCAAGGCCCCCAAGAAGAACAAAACCCAACAACAACCCCCACCCAACAGCAAAGACAUCAAAAACCAGCAGAAAGAGCAAGGGCAGUCCUGGAACCUCGCCGAUUACGCCAUCAAAGGCUCCAUCUGGGUGCACAAGAACCUCUUCCGACAGUCCUACGCCGCAAUCUGCGAAGUGUGCACCACCACGGAAUCGCUUGAGAACAACGAGCUGGUGCAGUGUUCCGGCUGUCAGGAUCACUGGCACCAGCAAUGCCAUGAUCCAGUGAUCUACAACGCCUUCGCUGAGCCGGAGAGCGGGGACCAGUUCUGGUGCAAGAGGUGCGACCACGUGUGCGAGAGUUGCCAGGGAAAGGGGAGUAACCAUUCGUACCGCAAGGACAAGAAGAGCGAGGAGUACAAUGCGCUUGUCGCCUGUGAAUGCGGGAAGUGGUAUCAUCAGGACUGCGUGACCCCGAGGAUCGACAGCCAGUACAUCGACCCGCGAAAUGCGUGGAAGCAAUGUCCGACGUGCAAGGCUAGCGUUAGUGGAGCCGCGCAAAAAGCUUCCGGGAAGAAAGCAGUCGAGAACGCCGAGAUAGGGAAACCAGGGGCUGGUGGCAAUGCACCAUCCACCAGCGAUGAGGAUACGGCGUCGAAAAGCGGCGAUGCGAAUGCUACGGCCAGCGGCAUUGAUGAUGGAUCCAGCGACGCGGAUGACCAGUCCAACGACGCUGGCGACACGAUUCUUCCAUCCAAGCCCCCAAUCGUAAGAAGGAGGUCUGCAAGACAGGGCCUCACUAAAGCGGGAAAGACUUCCCCGAAGGCACAUCCAUGUGGUCCUAACAAAGAAGGGGACAACCCCCAAGCUACCAUUACUCUGCCCCCCGUGCAUCGGAAGAAGAGCAGGGCCAAACUCGGUCCGUUAUCAGAAGUACAGACCGAGCGCGAGACUGGUCCACCGGACAGGAGACGGUCCACUCGCCAGAAUGGAAAGAAGAAGCAAGAAUGA